GAGAAGUUUCAGACAACGGGGUUUUUCCUGUUUGUCGUUCUCCUAAUUAGAAGCCCGGUUCUCACUAAACUUGAGCUAACGUUUGCAGUUGAAGUCACGGGAGGAAGGGACGUCUGUGUCAGCAACCAGGCUGCGUUAAAAAUAGGAUCGGGCGCUACGUAAACUUCUUAUCCUUCUGGAAAUCGUUUUUCAGACUUAAAUACAGCGCUUUACAUUUUUAAUCACUCCUGAGCCAUUAGGUAAUUAAAUGCUCUAGUAACAUGCCUCCGGGGAAGGUAAGGUGGUGUCGUUCCUGCUCGGCAGAUGAGUCAAGCUCCUGGAAGCAGCUUGGUCAAGGUCAGCCAGGAGCAGUCGCAGAUCUGAGCGAAGGGCUCGAGCUGGUGAUGCCCUGCGCCACGCUUCGUGUGCUGGAACCUGUCAGCUCCCCGCGUCCUGCCUUAAUGGCUCGGUAAAUAGUUUUUAAAAGACAUCUUUCAAGUAAUUGGGCUGAAAUUCCCUCUGAUCUGCUCGAGGGAGGAGAAGUGUAACAGUGCUGACCUGAUUUGAUGCGGCUCACGGCUCGGGUAGCGCUGGAGGAGGCUCCUCCGACCCCGUUAUUGCUGCUGAAGAGAAAAAUGUGUAAAGGAUUUGUUUAAAUAUGGCACAGUCGCUCUUCCCCCCGGGGCGGUGUGCUCUGUAACGCUGUAAGCCGCUGGUACGCGGCUCCAAGCUCUGAUCUCCUACACCAAGAUGUGCUGAUGACUGUUUUUGGUUUAAAUCACCUUGUGCGGUCCUAAAAACUUGGUUUUGGGACUGCUUCUCUGGUGUAAGCCUUCAGGAUGCGUCAGGUGGCUUGGGCCUAUGUUUAAAUCCGGGGAAAACCCCAUCCCAGGAUUUCUGUGGGAAAAAAAAAAAGUUUUCUGGCGUAGUUUUACAGGUGUGGGACACGUGUGGCUGCUGUAACUGUGGUGGUUCUGUGCUUGGUGUGUCACAGCCAUUGCAGAGCCAUCGCAGAGCGCAGUGCUUUGUAACGAACGUGGGAUUCAGGAGUGCAGGUGAGGAAGUUGUGACAAAUGUGCAAGAACUGACGAGCGAAAGGACCUGAAUAUUGUGUGCUUAGGUGGGACUCCUCCAUGUGGGGGGAGGCUUUAAUCCCGCAGUCGUUGUGCUGAUAAAGUAUUCCAGGAUCCGCUUCUGAAAUCUGUAUUCGAGUCGCUCGGCGAGAACUGCUUUAAGGUUGGGGGAGGUUAUUGGAAACAUCUCUGGUCUUGCCUCUGGCAAUCUAAUUAAUGUAUUUUUUUGGCAUUGAAAGCUGUUCUUGAAGGAAAUAAUUGCUGUUCGCUGGGUGAUUUUUGACUUCAUGUCAGUGAAAAAGGUAGUUUUGUACUACUUAAUUUGACUAUUUUAAAGCGAGGGUCUCAUUAAAACAUUGAGCACACCACAGGUUCGGGGUGUGAAUUUCCAGGCGCGUGUGUUUCCCUAAUUGCAUUCGCUGCAGUGUGCCACAUUGCCCUUUUUGUUCAAGUUACAGGUUCGUGACUUCUGGGCUAGUUUGGAUUUUACUCAGCUGCUUUAAAACUCUUUCUUUAAAGAAGCAAAGUGUCUGCAGUGGGUCUCUGGCUUUAUGCUUUUUACGUACCUUAGUUCUUUCUGCUUAAGGGUCUGUUCUGGCAACGCACUAUUCCAAAAUAGAUUUCACCAUUUGGUGGUUUCCCUGCCCAGCAAAGCUGGGUCCCUCCUCUGCAGAUGAAAAUUUGGUGCGCCUGAAGCCGCUCCGUACCUGCGAGGAGGUAACGAAGCUCGUUGCCUUCUGACUCCCUCGAAGACGUGACCCGUCACUGCCCUACUUCUGCGCGCUCGGGAAUUUCACCAGGCCUAGGAGGGCUCGUCCUGUGAGCCGGCAGGAGGUGGGGGACGGAGCGGUGGUGUCUGAGCGAGAUCUCAGCCUGCCGUGCCGACGUCACGGUACCUGAAAGCUUCGCCGGCAUCUUCCCAACGAGCUCGGCUUUGAGCACGCCGCUUAAAAACAGCUGGGCAAAGCCUGGUUUCACCAGCAGCAGCAAAAGCCGGGUUGCUUACCGAGUAUUUCAGCCUUAAACCUCCCCCUUAGGGUUAGUUCAGGUUAGCUCCGUCCUCUCUCAGCAGUCCCGUCAGCUCUCGCUGUUGCUAAACCAGCUGUGUUUGGAAUCCUCUGCUAGGACUGGGAGCUGUUGCCGCUGCCUUUUAACGCUGCAAAGGGAGGGAGAUAAGUCUGCGGGUAACUAAAAGUUACGGCAGCGCAGUGACCGCUGGCUUGCUUUGGAAAUGACCGAUUCCUGGAGGAUGCCUCCCUGCUGCUGAUGGCAGCUCGGUGGCACGGUGCUGGUGACGCUUCUGGGCUACCAGCAGUGUAAACGCCCUCCUCUUUCUGCUCGUAGUGCUCCUGCUGUUCAGAAAACGAAGCCAUCGCGUUGUGGCCACCGCCUGCGGUGCCGGGAGGCACGGCUGUGCCCGAGGUGCUGGGUCCAGCUCGGGGCUGGGGCUCUCGAGGCUGCGGCGACAGCUUCAGGUUUGUGCGUUGGACGCAGCCGUGUCCCGUCUGGUCCAAGCAACGCUUCGGAAAUGCAGGCAGGCCUCCCUCUCGUCGAACGGAGAGCUUUGACUCGCGAGUGGUUCGUUAACUUGGGAGUGGGUCCUCGAAACCUGGCGCGAGGCAGAGAGCUGGGACGGCGAGCGAGCUGCCUGCGAGUGCCACGGCCCCGGGAGUUGGAGUCCGGGCUGGGGCAUCGCUCACAGCUGCCGGCCCUGCCUCCGCGACGGCGCCUUCGCUUUCUGCUUGCCCUGAUGGGCUUCGGGCUGCCUCGAGGUGAACGCUUGUUUUUGUUGGGCUUGGGAGUUGUUGGUUUUCCAUUAUCCUGCUCGCUCUGAACAUAAUGACUUAAAAAAAAAAAAUGUUAAUUUUGGUGUAAUUAGCAUCCUGUUUACCUCCUGCUCUUUAUGACCUCGCUUGUUGGAGGCGUUAGUCACUGGCAGCGUGUUGUUCUGGGCAGUUUUAGUCAUGCCUGUUUUCAUAAAUCGUCCGGAGUGGUAGGCGCUUGAAUCAAUGGUGCAGUUUGUGUAGGAUUAGCCUGCUGCUUCCUCUCAGACGCUUACAGGCGGCAGCUGCACAGAGGCUUCUCCUGAACUGCUCGUCAUUUCGGGGCUCUUCGUGCAGCGUUGAUCAAAGCCUAAAAUCUGAGGUGAUCGGAAUCCUCCACGGGAGGAAAGGAAAGCUGCUUCGUGCUACGCUGAAAGAAAUGGCUGAGUGUUCUGUUGGAAUAUACGUCGCACAUUUAUGGCGAUUCUGAGCGUGAGGGCAGACUUCUGCCAGGCCCAGCACAGCAUCCUGGCUGACAAGUGAGCCGAGAGCGGGGGGUUUCACGUGCCAUAAUUACUUUGCCUUGAAGAUUCCAGACACAGCGAACACAAAUAUAUGGGAUAUCUUCUGCCCAUUGGAAGCAUAUUCCUUUUACUGACUCUAGCAAAACUAAGCGUCAAGAAAACAAAGUGGAGAGAAAACCUGCCCUUACUUUUUUGCCUCACCAGUGCCUAAAUGUAGAACAGGCUGCCUAGUCUUGCAUGUAGUCAGAAUUCGUGGAGUCUGAAGGAUACCACCUGCAGCAACUGAGGCCGAAGUUGAAUUCAAGUGGAUUCUGAAGCAAACCUGCUUUUCUAGAAGCGAAGUCUCUAAGGAACAAACACGUCGAAGCAAGCUCUGAUCAAUCCCAGCCAUUUUAGUGGUCUUUUUAAUGUUUUCUGCUGUGAAACGUUUCCAAGGUUAUUGAUUUUUUUUUUUUUGCCCCUCACGCAUUUUGUUUGCCAUUAUGAACCGUCCAGCCCCCGUGGAAAUUACCUACGAGAACAUGCGUUUCCUGAUCACUCACAACCCAACCAACGCAACCCUCAGCAAGUUCAUCGAGGUAAGGCAGGCAGAUAAAACACCAUCCUUCUUUCCUUCUGGGUUCCUCGCGUGCUCGUCGUUUCUGUAGAAUUAUUCACACCUGUGGUUCACAAAGCUUUGACUGUGUUACUUGAACCAAGGCAUUUUUUUCUUUGAUAUAUUUCUUAAAUACGUUGUUGACAUUCUCUUGACAGUAUGAGAGUUCUCUGAUUACUUUUUUUCCAAAUCUUGCACCUCUUUAAGUAAGAGAGACUGGGUGAGCUUCCAUUUCAGAAUGCAGCCCUGCACCCUUGCCAUUGUUCUUGUCCUGGCUUCUGAAGGACUGCGUGUUCUGUGCUCUAAACAUAAUUUUUCAUUAAAUAAUACGGUGCUUCUAAUAUAUUGCUCAUCUUUUGGCUUUUAAGGUAGCAAUUAAUGGAACUGUAACUGAUUUCUGAACUUCCUCGUCCCUUAAAGUAGGAUUAAGCGCAGUGCUUACACUGAUGUUUAGUUUCUGGGCUAUUUUCCCAGACUGCCCCGCUGAUCCCAGAGCUGUCCUUUCUCAGGGACAAAUGCUGGCACCUGAAGCACCUGACAGCUGCCUGGGUCUGACUGUGGGAGGAGUCCGUUACGAGGGACGGUGAAACAGAGCAUUACUGACACAAUAAGGUCUUAAAUACAGCAAAACUUAACAGUCAUUUGACCUGAAAAAAUAGCAAAUAGUUUCAUCUACUACACGUACACUAUCUGCCACCGAAAUAGUAGUACGGUGUAUUUCUGCACUCCAGCUUGCUCCAAACCCGCUGUAUCUUUGUGCCCUUUGUAUCCAGAGGACUUUUAUCUUGCCUGCGUAGGCCCUUUUCAUUCCCAAGAGAUCCUGUCAUCUGAUACUGCUGUCUGACUGCAGCAGACUUCCAUCACUUAGCAGCCUGCUCUUCACCGUGAGUCCGCUCAUACAUUAGUGGUUAAUUUGUUCUGAAAGCCGCAUUUUUUAGUCUCUGUUUUUUCAGACUGUGGAUUGUCUUCCUUUAUUAGGAGGCUUGAGUCUGGAAUAGAUACUGCUAAUUGUUAAAAGUCAUAUUGACUCAGUCCAAACACGAGAGGAAAUUCUGCUCGCUCUAUCAACCUUCAAAGUGAACUGGAACAGCUUUUGUUUGAUCUUCUGAUUAUUUAUCUAGCACAAUGUGCUACUUAUAGCGCAUUACAAGGAAGCUAGAGUAUGGUGGUGUGUGUUCUGUUCCUCCCUGCCUCAAAAUGUCAACACUGGCUGCAGCAACCAGUUCCAGGCUUCUAUUUAAAGAGAAAAAGAAGCUGCAUGGAGAGUAUAAGCAGCUAUUCUAAUUUUGCUCUUACAUAUGCAUUUUUUUCCACCCUGGCGUUUCCCCAGGGAGGAAUAAUUCGGGGGUGUUUCACGUUUAUUCCUGUCACUUGUAGCCCUUAUCCUAACGCAGGUCAUAAACGCUCCUUUCACAGCUGGCCCUUGCUCCUUUGUCGUGCAGUCACCUGGGAGCUGUGCAGGUCGUACCUCUGGCGUGGUGUGAAGUCUUUACUUUUGCAGCUGAUGAGAAAGUUCUUGAAUUUCUCCUCCUGCCGGUGUGCUCACAUGUUUUCUUUCUUCUUAAAGGAGCUGAAGAAGUACGGAGUGACAACCUUGGUGCGAGUUUGUGAUGCCACUUACGAUCAAGCUCCUAUCGAAAAAGAAGGAAUCCAGGUUCUAGACUGGCCGUUUGAUGAUGGAGCACCACCCCCGAAUCAGAUAGUUGACGACUGGCUAAACCUGUUGAAAACCAAAUUCCGUGAAGAGCCUGGAUGCUGUGUCGCUGUUCACUGUGUUGCAGGGUUGGGAAGGGCUCCUGUCCUGGUUGCACUUGCUCUCAUUGAAUGUGGAAUGAAGUACGAAGAUGCAGUUCAGUUUAUAAGGCAGAAAAGGAGGGGAGCUUUCAAUUCCAAACAGCUGCUUUACCUUGAGAAAUACCGACCUAAGAUGCGAUUACGCUUCAGAGAUGCCAACGGUCACUGCUGUGUUCAAUAGAAAAUCUCAAACGAAGGCAGAAGUUAGCAUGGCUGUUUUCUGGACUCUUGGCACCUGGAAAUGUGAAUCUGGAAUCAAACUACGUCAUCAAAUUAGUGGUGGAGUCAGUGCUCCUCAACCUCUGUCCUAAUGGUGGUGAUGAUUGGAAAAAAAUAAAAAUAAAAAAAAAUUAAGAGAAACAUUUCAGUGAAGGAUUGUUUUCUCCUUAAGCUGCAGUUUGAACAUCUGCAAGGAGAAAAGAAAAUCAGUUUCUGAACCUUCUGUAUUUUUAACUUUUUAAGAAAAGAAAUAAAGUAAAUUUUAUGUC